AUGGCAGAAAUUAAAAAUUACAAAAAACUAAAAAUGGAAGCGAGAAAAAAAUUUUGCCCUGCUUUGACUAAAGAGAUGUUUGAAGUUGAACCAACGGAUAGGAAAGUACUUAGUGAGUACAUGCCUGACAGUGAUCACGGUUUUACGAAAAGAUACAUUGAAAGAAGAAUACUUCAACCUCCAUUAAAACGAUACACGUAUUGCUUGCUCACUUCCAUGUCUUACGGCGCUUCAGACUGCUAUGAUCCAAAUUUUUGCGGUCCCAUCUUUGGUAAACGAAAUUGUUACAAGCGGUCCAAAUUUACAGAUAAUCAUUUCCCAGAUAUAAAUCUCGGCGGGAAACUCCAUAAUGAUAACUGGAAAUAG